CAGGGCCUCGAUUACUACGGUAAGGGACCCCAAAUGGAGUUAGGCUGCGGGUGAGCGCCUGCGCUCAGAGUGCCAAUCUCCCGGUUCUUCCAGACCCCAAGCAAUGUAGAAGAUUCAGGUCCUUAACCUCUGGAGACAUCGUUCCUCUCACUGAACGCCUUUCCACCCAUUUUAUCUUCCUACUCCUGCUGACCUCCUUGGAGUCUCUGAGGCUGCUAGUCAGGCAAUCUGUUGGGCACUCCGAGCGCGGGGUCCUCGCGGCUUUCUCUGCUGCUUCAGCUUCGGUCCAGAGAGGACCCGGCACCGAAUCACUUACUUGCCCAGGUGUCGGGAAAAUGAUCCACAGUCUAUUUCUCAUCAACUGCUCUGGCGACAUAUUUCUAGAAAAACACUGGAAGAGCGUUGUAAGCCAGUCUGUCUGUGACUAUUUCUUUGAAGCGCAGGAGAAAGCUGCUGAUGUUGAAAAUGUACCACCUGUCAUUUCAACACCUCACCACUACCUCAUCAGCAUCUACCGGGAUAAGCUCUUCUUCGUGUCUGUCAUACAGACGGAAGUGCCGCCUCUCUUUGUAAUUGAGUUUUUGCAUAGAGUUGCUGACACUUUUCAGGACUACUUUGGUGAGUGUUCAGAAGCUGCAAUUAAGGAUAAUGUGGUCAUCGUGUAUGAACUCUUGGAAGAAAUGUUAGACAACGGAUUCCCACUGGCUACUGAAUCUAACAUUUUGAAAGAACUGAUUAAGCCACCAACAAUUCUACGUUCUGUCGUCAAUUCUAUUACAGGCAGUAGUAAUGUUGGGGACACACUCCCCACUGGGCAGCUAUCCAACAUCCCAUGGCGUCGAGCAGGAGUCAAGUACACGAACAAUGAGGCCUAUUUUGAUGUAGUUGAAGAAAUAGAUGCAAUUAUAGAUAAAUCAGGAUCUACAGUAUUUGCAGAAAUUCAGGGGGUCAUCGAUGCUUGCAUUAAGCUCUCUGGUAUGCCUGAUCUCUCUCUCUCUUUCAUGAACCCACGGCUUCUAGAUGAUGUCAGCUUCCACCCGUGCAUCCGAUUCAAACGUUGGGAAUCAGAAAGAGUUUUGUCAUUUAUUCCUCCAGAUGGGAAUUUCCGACUCAUAUCAUACCGUGUCAGCUCACAGAAUCUUGUGGCAAUACCAGUAUAUGUGAAACACAGUAUCAGCUUUAAGGAAAACAGCUCUUGUGGCAGAUUUGAUAUAACAAUUGGACCAAAACAGAAUAUGGGAAAAACUAUUGAAGGAAUCACAGUGACUGUUCACAUGCCAAAAGUUGUGCUGAAUAUGAAUCUGACACCAACACAAGGCAGCUAUACAUUUGAUCCAGUAACCAAGGUACUAGCAUGGGAUGUGGGGAAAAUUACUCCACAAAAGCUCCCAAGUCUUAAAGGUCUGGUAAAUUUACAGUCAGGAGCACCCAAGCCAGAAGAAAAUCCAAGCCUCAACAUACAGUUCAAGAUCCAGCAGCUUGCUAUUUCAGGCUUAAAAGUGAACCGCUUGGACAUGUAUGGGGAGAAGUAUAAGCCAUUUAAAGGAGUCAAGUAUGUCACAAAAGCUGGGAAGUUUCAAGUGAGAACAUGAGAGGAGACCAAAAUUCCUUAAGAUGUUUCAAGUGUAUUACAAUUUAUUACUAUUAGGUACCAAGUAGUGGGAAUACAUAUAAAGCAUUUGUGUCAAGCUACAAUGCUAACAAAGUUGCUUAGUAUCAAUAUAGGGUUCUUAAGGAGCUUUAAGCUAAGGAAAGUUUUCUAAAGACUUAGCUUAUUUUGUAUCUUUUCACUUAGGAAAAGAUUUAGAUGAUUUCUUCCAAAGGGGCUACCAGCUGAAUGCUGCACACUGUAAUAGUAAAGGCAGAAGGCUACAGUGGUAGCCUCUCCUAAAGCCAGUGAACUGGUCUCCUCCACCAGCAGAAACUGUCUCAGCCAUGAUGUGUCAAGUGUAUCCAAGUGUCACACCUUCUGAUGUUAGCCAUCUCAAAUCAGUGUCUGUCCCACAAGAGGAGAUUCCCCCACCCCAAGAAGUUUACAGAAAACUGCCUCUUCAAGUGUUUGCCUUAUUCAGCUUUUCACUUGUGCCAUUAAGCAAGCACUGUAGCAAAAGCCACCUCCACAUGGCCCUGGCAGGGAGCACUGCUGCUCCAUGCUCCAUUCUCACUGUACUUGGUAUUAUAUUUUUUUAUGAAUGAGAUUUUUAUGUAAAGCUCAGAUUUUGAUUUACAAGGACUUCGCUGCAGUAGAUACACCAUCAGUCAUCAUCAGUCCAGCUGCUAGACAGCACAAAGUUAUUUGCAUCAAAGGGCAAAUACUUUAUUAAGCUAACAAAAGGGAACACUACUUCUGCCUUUAGGAAGUUAAUGCAGGCACAAGUGUUUGUGCUUUUAAACAAAUUAAACUCUAGCCUUAGUUAGCCUGAAAGUCUCAUGCCCUAGUUUAGCAAAAGGAGGAAAACAUACCUGCUUCACUACUGUUAUUUUUCUCUUUUCAAUCUUUUAUCUUUUGGGGCUUAGAUGGUUGGAUUUACCUGUAUGCCUGUAUUUGGAGGAGCUCCUAUUUCACCUUAGAUAUAUCCCAACACCAUUGUGAUAGGCACCUUCCCAAAACUCCCCACCUCGUUAAAAUGUGACUGAAGCACUCAAGUGUCUAGCUUUACUGUGCACACAAAGAGCAUUAUACUGAAGGACAAACAAUAUCCUCAGUAAUGUUUUAUAUCAAUCAUUACACUUAGAAAGUCAGUCUGAUUCAUUCCAUCCUGCAUCAAUUGCUUGGAGAUCCUUAUGUGGUGAUCUUGCCUCAUUAAACAUAAAGAAAAUGGAGGAAGACUCAAAGAUGUAAGUGCUUGCACUUCCUAUAUCCCCUUGCUUUUCUUUAGACGAUUAGUUCUCUUGUACCGUGGCCUAUUAUUUUCUUUCACCUCUCCUUUACCAUGCUAUUUAUGAUACAUGCUCACUCCUUGCUGGAGUGUUGAUGAUGGAGUAGCAUUGUUACUAUUAAUGUCAUCUAAUUAGAAAGGCUAGGUUUUGCAGCUUCAAAUAGAAAUUUGAGUGAUCAAUGUUAGAUUGGCAGCUUUAAGUUGAAAUACAAAGUAUUUAUUCCCUUUGGCUAUCUAGCUCUGGUUUUAAUAUCCUGUCUUUACCUCAAAAACAAUCAUAGACUGUCCAACAUUCCUCCUGUGCAGUCUUGUCUAUCAAAGUGGGACAUAUACCAAGAGUCCCUCGUCUCUAAUAAUUUCUGCUAAAACAGCCAAGCAGGCCAUGUUCCUUUACAGUUAAAUCGUUGUAUUUAUUAAUUUGAUAGAGCCCAGUAAGUCCUUUCCCUGGCUCUGGCUAUAAUGUCAAUAAAAAUGUGAAAGCAACAAA